AUGGCAAUUACCAGAAGUCAGCAGAGAGAGAUUGAUAGAAGACAACGAAAAGUGGCCGAGAAGAGACAUGCAUUACGAAUGGCUGUGAAAGCAUCGCUCGAUUCAAUGCCUGAAUCAUUCAAAUCGUUAGAGAAAAAUAUGAGUGAACUAAACACCAAUGACGAUAUCUCUGUUGCUACUGCUACCACGACCACUACACAUGGAAUGUAUACUCUGGGAAGACUUGCUGGCAGAGAGCACACCAAUCCAUCAGAUCAACCUUUGAAUAUGGAUCCUGUCAGUAAAGCAGAUACCCAAGGACUCUUUGAGUUUUCCGAAGCCCAGAAAGCUGCAUACGAGGCACAAUGUCAAGAGUCCAUGUAUGCACACAUUAGCGAUACCGACGCAUCAGAAAAUUCAGCAACCUAUAUAUCCAAUUCUUCUGGGGGCAGUGGCUCAGUAAUGGACCAUUUGCCCAAAAAAAGACUCAGUAGUCUGUCUCUGGUAUCAGAAUUGGACCAUCUGGAGUAUAGAGGGACGAAUAGAGUCAUUGAUGUACAGAUCACAGAGGAGAGAAGAGAAUCAGUGUCUACACAGGAGCAUACAGACUCUACAACAGCACAUGAUGAUUUUUCAAUCAAUACAUGUCAACAUGUCGCUUCUUCACCCUGA